UGGCUUUUUACUUCAGUUUUUUCGCCUCCGGGAAAGCGGGCAUGCUUCCUUCCUAAUUUGGACACGCGUAUAAAAAGGACGCGUCGGUUCGAUCUGCGUCAUUUACAACUUGACUUCCUACUUUCAUCUUCGUUCGACUUUGAUAGUCACUUUUUGCACAUCCUACCUUUUCUUCGAUGCCUUUCGCGACGGAAUCUUUCCCAGACUUUACCGGUACCUUCCUCGACAAGGGCCGUCUUCGUCUCCUCGACUGCCUCGGCGCUGGCGCCUUUGGAAAGGUCUAUCGAGCCUUGGAUACUAAAUCGCCUAAUAGUAAUCCAUCCUUCUAUGCUGUCAAAUGUCUCCGUGCUUUGGAAGAAGGCACUCGCGAGCACUGUUUCCAGAUGCGCGAACUCGACAACCAUAGUUCCGUCUCUGACCAUUCCAACAUCAUUACAUACCACAAAGCCAUCUUCCACGACGACUUUAUCUACGUGGUGCUGGAUCUCUGCGAAGGAGGCGACCUUUUCGACAGGAUUCUUCAGACCAAAUUCUUCUAUCGGCGAGACGACCGGGUACGAAACGCCUUUCUACAGCUCAUCGACGCCGUCGCGUUCUGUCACGAGAAUGGCGUGUACCAUCGCGAUAUCAAGCCUGAGAAUAUCCUCUGUUCGAAGGAUGGUUCGCAUAUCUACCUCACCGACUUUGGUCUGUCGACGCAGAGUGGGACCUCGACUACCCAUGAGUGCGGGAGCAUCGAGUACAUGAGUCCUGAAUGCAUAGGGAAAGAGUUCGGUUACACACCCCACAGAAGGUACUCGACUCGGACAAACGAUAUCUGGGCUCUCGGUGUUGUUCUCGUAACAAUGGUCACUAGGCGUGCUCCUUGGGCGGUGGCAAUGACGACAGAUUUCUUCUUCAGGUCAUAUCUUGAGGAUGGAGAUCACUUGGAACGUUCCUUGCCAGAUAUUUCUACCGGUGCCUGUACCAUCCUCAAGAAGAUCUUCCGUCUAGAACCUCGUAGUCGAAUUUCCUUGGAUAACCUUCACCGUGAAAUCACCGAACUCGAGACAUUCUUCUCCGAUGAGCCUCUUCCCGAUUCCUCAUCUCGUACCUCACCUACGCUCCAACGUUCCAUUUCAUCACUGGGCUCCACCCCCUCGAGCGAGAUUGGUGCGCUGCGUAUCGAUGAUGAAGAUGAUGUCCUUCUGGUCGUCCGUGACGAUAUAGAAGCCGAUGUUGAAGACAACGACUCACUUGUAUCUGACGUUGGCGCAAUCCGUCUUGUUGGAGUCGAAAGACCCGUCAGCGCUCCGGAAGUCGUGUACUCUCGAUUUGCAGGCGAUGAGCGUGACAUAUCGUCCGCGCCGCCGUCGCUGAGGGUUAUCCGUCCCGUCACGUCCUCCAGCUCGCUGGCUUCGUCAGUGGACAGUGACGGACCCAUCACGCCAGAGACUCACCCAGUUCACGUCGAUGUCGAGGUGCCGGAUAUGGAAGAAGGAGAGGGUAUUGGUGAGGUGGACGUGGCCUCGGUGGUCAAGGAUGACGAGAAGCCUAUUCAGCCGGCUGAUUUGGUUGACAGCGCUAGUUCGCAGAAGAAACGGGUGUUCUUCCGAAGGUUUGUUCAGAAGCUGGUACCGUCUGGGAAUAGGUCGUCGUCGAUUCUUUCCUUCGUUUAAUAUUUUAUAUAUGCCACAUUCUAUGCCACAAGCCACAAUUUAAACUAUGCAUUUACUGUCUACGGGAAAGGCGAGCUGCCAGAAUGUCGGCAGCAACGAGCAUACUUUUCAAGUAUAGAUGUCAUCACAUUUGCUUAGCUCUAGUACUCAUGGCAGGCUUGACGCUAUCGACGAAGAUGUUCUGGAGUUGAUCAUGGCUCGGCGCCGGCGUUUGGUUUGGGUCUGGGGGAUAUGGGACGUGGUUC